CACGGUUCACAAGCCGUGCUCUUGCUCUACAAAACGGUAUGAAGGUAGCCUACUAGCCACUUGGAGGUCGAUCGUUUUCCGGAGCGUGCGCUCAGGCCCUUCCAAUCUACCAUAGGCGCGUCGCAGGCUUGGGGGCAGCCUAGGCUCCUCAACCUCAGCUCUACCCCGCAAUCUUCCAAGGGCUAGCUCAUUCUUACGAGCAAGGAUGCGGAUCCUCGCAUGCGAAAGUACGCGAGUUCGGCAAUAUGCUGCUUAGCUCUUGCAGGACAGCGGAGACGUGGUCCAUCCAUACCCAACAAACAGCGCGCCUCGGGGAGAGGGGGAGAUUGUGAACAGGGGCCAUGCAUAAGACGCAACAAGCAGUCGGGCCCGGCGAGAUUCUUGCUGUGAUGGUCGAUUGGCUUAUAUAGCCUUCGGUUGUGUCGCCUACGAGCAGCGAAAUCAACUUUCGCUAUCGAUUUCUACGAUACAGCCUUAGCUUCCUAUCAUGUCGACCGUGAAUCUAGUCAGGUUCUACUUCUUGAGCCAACCCAGCGCCCAAAACAUUAGACAGUAUAUAGCUAUCGCGUAUCAAACGGCCACUGAUCAGAAGUUCUAUCCAAAGGCCGUCCUUGUUCGCUCAGGCAUCCACCUGACAACCUCAAUCGAUGGUGAAUAUCAGAAGGAUCCGAAGGGUGAGCAUUUGACCCUGUGCUUCAAGGAUGAAGAGAUGAUGGCAAAGGGAACACAGGUUGCCAGCCAUGGAUAUGUGGCACUGAGAACCGAUUGGAAUAUUCGUGAGGCCACUCAUGCGCGGGAAAAGCCGGACUCAACCGUCAUGACACGAAAUGGGCGUCCUGUGUGGCCUUCUGAGGAAGCAUUCCAAUACCAGAUUGUAGUGGCUUUCGGCCAUGUGCCAGAUGAAGCUGAGAUCAUGUCGAAGGGCAACUGAACGAGUUGCUCCGGUGCUGAGGGUUAACGGCUCGUUGAUAGAUUUGUAGCCUUUAUACUCUUGAAGCAACAAGGGUGUUCAAAUUCGGAACGCGCAAGUUCCAUUAUCGGGCUGUUCACAUCUCGUUCCUUGACGAUCCAAGGAUGCUCAAUACGAGAGAUUGGAGUCAUUUCCUCUCAAAUCAAGCCAUAUGUAUUAUGCAAUGUCUGUGGCCUGCACGACGGCAGGCAUCCUUUUCUGUCUAAUUUCGAGCCAGGUCAGAAACUCUUCCAAUACAAUAUACCCUCCAGCUGCCCAAACCACCUCCCAAUUCAACCAAAUUAUACAGCAACAAAACCAAACCCUACAGAUUC